GGCGUUUGACGUGUGAUUAUUGUGAAAUUUUCACAUUACGUUUUUGACGUUAGAUAUUUCGUAAAAAUCUUCGCAGUGAUAGUGUUUAUAUUAUUUUCUUACAGUAGUUUAGUAUAAAAUUAAGUUAAAAUGGAAAGAAAUGACCGUAAAACGAACUCUCGUAAUCAUACAAUCACAAUAGACCGAGAUUCUAAGUUUAUAUUGCGAAAAAUUAUUUUGGAUUUCGCCAUUCUAUUUUGUGUUGGAUUCCUGAUCUUAGUCUUCUACCUCUGGGGCACCCCCUACAAAAGGGGCUUCUUCUGCGACGAUGAGUCCCUUAAGCACCCUUACAAAGAGUCCACCGUCACCAAUGUCAUGUUGUACAUUGUUGGGCUUGGUCUUCCAGUCGUUACGAUGUCCCUCACAGAAUGGAUAAGACUGCGCGACUACGUUGGUGGGAGAUCCCGUAAGGUCCUAGGCCGGGAGAUCCCAGCCUGGGUCUGGGAGGCCUACCACGUGAUCGGAGUAUUCCUCUUCGGCUGCGCUUGCCAGCAGCUCACCACUGAUGUGGCCAAGUACACUAUCGGAAGACUGAGGCCGCAUUUCUUUGAUGUAUGCAGACCAGAUAUAGACUGUUCCUCACCGGCCAACAAAUGGCGUUACAUCGAAGUGUUCACCUGCCUCGGUGACAACGAGAAACUCAAGAAGGAGAUGAGGCUGUCCUUCCCAAGCGGCCAUUCAUCUUUCUCUGGAUAUACCAUGCUGUAUUUCUGUAUGUAUCUCCAAAGACGCUUCACAUGGCGAGGCUCGAAGCUGAUCCGCCACGGGAUCCAGUUCAUCCUGAUGCUGUUCGCGUGGUACACGAUCAUGACGCGCGUCUCUGACUACAAGCAUCACUGGAGCGAUGUGCUGGCUGGCUUCAGCAUUGGCCUGCUUUAUGCUAUCGUUAUUUUCUCCUUCGUAUCAAACCUCCGCAAGUCUCCACGCUCCCGACAGCACAGCCACGAAGCCGAGCUGCGAGUCACCAACGGCAACACGCGAGUGCAAGUCUGACAGUCAUCCCCCACCAGCUCCCGAUGCGAAAGCGACGCUGAAGAACUUUGAUACGAACAACCUACCGUCUCGUGGAUCUCCCACGAGUACAUCGAUGCCUGCAGGCAGAACAGUGACAUUCAGUGAGCACAAAAUAUUAGUGAGUGUGUUUGUGACUACUUGGGACGCGUCGCUUUAAAGCGCUGGAUGUUUUAAACGCUGUAAGUAGACUUCUUCUAAAGCGCUGCAGCGGUGUUUAGGGCGGGAAAAUUGCAGCUUAUUUUUGCAACUUUGGUAGUCAUUUGUUUGUUGCUGUUGAAUACUGUUUGACAUAGAGUAUCUAUGUUAGUACUUCGUGUAUUUAUUUUCGAGUUUCGCUUAGUAACGCUUAUUUUUUGGAUAUGUGGUGGAUUGCAGUUUCGUGGUAUUUUAUUGCGUACACUUGACUGAGGUUGCUGAAAACCUGGAUCGAUUCCUGAUUACGUUUUCAGCUACAGAGCUAAGAAACUUUUAACCUAUUGGUAAAAAUUAAAAAUGCAUUGAACGAAUUUAAGUUUCGUUCUAGUCAGUAUGAAUUGACUAGGCUUAUUUCGUCAUCACAUUUAUUUUGUGAAGGAGAUGUUUCUUAUGAAUUUAGAGUCAUAUCAAAAUUAAGUGUUUUCCUUAUACUUUUACCAUUAUAAUCAACAGUCAAGUGUUUACAAGAAAAGCAUAAUAAUACAAGAUAUUUUGAGGAUUGUGCAAUGUUAUAUAGGAGUUGAUAACAGAUGUAUGUAUAUGUAUAUAUUUAACUACUACCGGGUACUAGAAGUAUUACUAACAGUGCUCGUAAAAGUUUGUGUUAAGAUAUUACUGUAUUUAUAUUUAUAAAAGUCGCGUACAACUGGCUAGAGGCAGCUAAUUUACAUAAGCUGGAUUUGACCGACUUUUAAGAAUGGCUAUUAAGGAAUCGUGUUAUUAGAAACUGGGCAGUUGGGUCAGUUAAAAUGCGAAUUAACAGAAUUGAAAAGUACACUGCUUUAUUUGUUUAAAACUAGACACAAAAAGUGACAAUAUGGGCGCCAUUUUGAAUUUUCUGACGUUAGUGUAUUUUAUCUGUGGCAACGGCCUAACUGCCAGUGUUGACUGCCUCGAAAGAGGUUAUGUAAAAAAAGUUUUCUAUUGUUUUCAAUUAAAUUGAAUAUCAAUAAAAACGGUUCACAUAAAUAUGAGUGAGUCACACUUGUUCGAAUCGUAAUUUAUGAUUAGUGUUGAAUAUUUCAGAUAAUUUAUAUCAUACGAGUAUAUUUUGUAAUUAUAAGCUAAAUUAGGUGUUCAAAGUGAUCCAUUGUUUCUCAACUUAUUUUCUAAAAGGUACUCCUAGUACCUUAUUGAAAAAAAUGUAGAUCCUACAUAGAAAUUGGAAUAAAUAAGUUUAGAAACAGUGGAAAUAAAACAAAGAUAAUGUACAUAAUGUAUUUUUAAAAACAGUACAAUUUAUAGUGGGUGCACUUUUAUACUUCUAAAAAUUAUGAACUAUUUUAUAUCCUGCAGCAAAAUAUUUUUUUUUAUUUUAUUAAAAAUAACGAUUUUAUUUUACCGAAUUAAUUGGAUCAAAGCUGGAUAUUCUAUUUAUCAUUAUUGUUCGAAAAGUUCCCUUUUUGGGGUGAACUUAAAAGGGUGACCAACCUAAAUUGACAAAAAUAUACAAAAAUGCUUAAAAUAAAUAACAACCAGUGCGAAAUCUGGGACUUUCAAAUCUACUUAAAUCCGCAAAUUAAUGCAAAUAAAUAUCGAAAUAUUUCCACUUAAAAUUAAAAUGUAAAAUAUAUUAGUUGCACAUUUUAUAAUUAUAGUACAAUUUAUAAUAAGCUAUUUAUAGAUAUAUCACAUGUAGUUGUUUCGUCGAAAUUUUUAAGAAUUUUUCAAGCUGGGAUCUUGCUCCAUAUUGUUCUAAAAUAUUUUACUCAAAAUAAUCUCAUACUAAUUACUGUAGGGAAAAAUAUGCAGAGUAGGUUUUCUCUUAACUCUACAAUUCUGGUGAAGUAACUCUGCCACUACGAAGUUAGCCAUAAUAUGACUGCACGUCAGUCAUAAGGUAUGGACAAAAUAGCUAACUUCAGAGGGGUUGAAUUAUUUUGACUAGAACUAUUACCCUGUGUUUAUUUUUAUUGAGACUUUUUAAAGCUAUAUGGAGCUAAUCAAAUUGCAUUUAAUUCAAUUAUUCGUUUAUAGUAUGUCAUAUGUUCUAACAUUUGAACAUUGUUAAAAUCGUUGUAUAAGAACUUGUAGUUUUCAAAAAUAUUGAAUACAGCUACAUAUUUAUGUUAGUCAUAGAAAAACGUAAUCUGAAGUCUCGAAGACAGCUGUAAACGUAUUUUUUUAUACUGUGAUAUAGGCUUUUAAAUACAAGGAAUUAAUGAUCUGAGAUGUUUGAAAAGAUAUUUAGUCGAUUAACUGUUAUAAAACACAAACCUCCAAGUUAAAGCUCCUCCUUUUUGGGGAAUCUGUUAAAAAAAAACAGUGAAAAAAUGUUUUCAUCUGUGAAUUCAGAUUAUCAAAAGUCAAUUAUUAUCCUAAAUUCAGUUAACGACUAAUUAUCUAUUUAGUACAUCUCUAUUACAAAUACCCAAUAGAAAAUUAGUUUUAGGUCCAAUUAGGUGCUAGAUAAGUUUAAUAUAGUUUUUAAAAUACCUAUUUUUACUCAUUGUGACACAGAGAUGUCAAGAUGUCUACAGUUUUUUUUUUCUUUUUAUAUUUAAGUAAAAUUACUUGUUUGUAUGUUUUUUUAUGUAUAAUAGAAACUUAAAAUGCACUGCCUUUAGAUUUCUUGAUGUAUUGUAGCUUUGAGGCAGCUAUUUAUUUACUUAUUUUUAAACGUGGUUAAAAGUUUAUGAAGCAUAAUAAUAAAUCUGUAUAAAGUU